AAAGUUAACUCAACAAGAUAAUUAUUAAAAUCAUCAUGACAAUGAUCGAUUGACCUGAAUAUUAGUUAAUUAGUCAAAUUCUGUAAACUCAACGAUUGUUUUAGCUAAUCAUUUAAUUAUUUAGAGAUCUUUCUUGAUAUAAUUAUUCACAAUUGAACAAUUAAAUGUAAUCAAGUUUCGCUAUAAACACUUAAUCUGUUUUCAUGGAUAAUUUUGUUUUCAUUUAUGUUUUAUUGUCCAUACUUGAUGUAACCUUUUCUGAUCACCAUAGGCCUGGUAAUUAUUUGAAUCAUGAUCGGACUGUGGUCAAUUGUGCAAAGUUUAAACGGGAAGUCAAUCAACAUUCAUGUGUCCUCUCACCAUUUAACACUGAAGGACCUUAUUUUUUGUCAAGUGAUUUACUAAGAUCUGAUAUUACCGAUGGUCAAGUUGGUCUUCCAUUGAAAUUGACAAUUAAAUUAAUCAAUUCCAAUGAUUGUAAUCCCCUGGAAAAUAUGUACGUUCAUGUUUGGCAAUCAAACGCUCUUGGUGUUUACUCUGGAGUUGAACUUUUCCCGAAAAGUUUACCCAUUAUUGGACCUGAAGGACCUUUUGGCCCAAAUGGACCGGGUGGAUUUGGACAACUCAAUAAUGGUGGUCCCGGGGACAAUGGAAUGGCUGAUUUAGGUCGACCCGCUUCAAUUAAUAAUGAAAGAUUCGGUCGAGGUUAUCAAAUCUCCGAUUCCAAUGGUCAAGUUACCUUUGAGACGAUUGUCCCUGGUUGGUAUACUGGACGUUGUUUACAUAUGCACGUUGAAGUUUUUCACAAAAAUACAACCGAGAAAAAUGAAAUCACUUAUGUUGGUCAAAUAUUUUUUGACCCUAAAUUAACCGAUCAACUUAAAUUAGUUAAUUCUUAUUCGAGUAACAAUCAACCUCUUACCCUUAAUGAAGAUGAUUGGGUUUACAAAAAUCAUGGAAAUGAAACUUUACUCAACUUAAUUGAUAAUGGUAACAGUUUUUCAGGUUCGAUUACUUUUGGUAUCAAUCCUGAUUUAAUUUCUUAAUAAAAGUUUUAAUUGUUUUAUAAUCAAUUUGGGCCAAUCAAUUUUCUAAAUCGAUAAAGUUUUAGGUUAAAAUCUA